GCAUCUUCGACUGAGACAGUAUCAACUUCAAUAGCAUCUUCAGAUGAGACAGUAUCAAUAACAUCUUCAAUAGAGACAGUAUCAACUUCAAUAACAUCUUCAGCUGAGACAGUAUCAACCUUAAUAGUAUCAACUUCAAUAGCAUCUUCAGCUAAGACAGUAUCAACUUUAAUAACAUCUUCAUCUUCAGCUGAGACAGUAUCAACCUUAAUAACAUCUUCAGCUGAAGUACAUCUACAGCUGGGACAUAUUGACUUCUACAACUUCAUCUGUGACAAUAUCAAUUUCCUCAACAUCAACUUCACCUGUGACACUGAAGAAGUAUCAUCUUCAACUCCAACUUCUAAUGAGACAGUAUCAAAUCCCUUAACAACUUCAUCAACCUCCUUGACUGCAUCUUCAUGUGAGACAGUAUCAACUGCAACUUCUAAUGAGAUAAUGCCAUCUUCAACAACACCUGCUACUGUGACAGUGUCAACUUCCUCACUUGAAACUUCACCUGUGACAGUGUUAACUUCCUCCUUAGGAACUAUAUCUGAGACAUUAUUAACUUCAACAAUUUCAUCUGAGACAGAAUCAACUUCCUCAGUUCCACCUGUGACAGUUUCAACUUCCUCAACUGCAACUUUAUCAGAGACAGUACCAACUUCCUCAAAUCUAACUUCAGCUAUGACAGUAUCAACUACCUCAACAGCAAAUUUAUCUAAGACAGAAUCAGCUUCUUCAAUAUCAGUUUUAUCUGUGACAUUUUCAAUUUCCUUCACUGCAACAUCAUCUGAGACAGUAUCAACUUCCUCAAAUGCAAUAUCAGCUGUGACAGUAUCAACUUCCUCCACAGAAACUUUAUCUGAAGUAUCAACUUCUGCAACUUCAUCUGAGACAAUAUUGUCUUCAACUGCAGCUUCAGCCGUGAUAGUAUCAACUUCCUCAACUGUACCUUCAGCUAUGACAGUAUCAACUUCCUCAACUGUACCUUCAGCUAUGACAGUAUCAACUUCCUCAACUGUACCUUCAGCUAUGACAGUACCAACUUCAACUGCACCUUCAGCUAUGACAGUACCAACUUCCUUUACUGUAACUUCAGCUGUGAUAGCAUCAACAGUACGUGUAGUCAUGACUUCAUCUGAGACAGAAUCAACCUCCUCAAUUGCAGUUUCAGGAGAGAUAGUAUCAACCUCCUCAAUUGCAGCUUCAGGGCCACCUGAGACUACAGCUACAGCUUCUGCUGAGGCCUUGUCAACUGCCUCACACACUUCAGUUGAGAUAGUAUCAAGUUCAAUUACAUCAGCUGAGACAGUAACAACUUCCUCAACUGCAGCUUCUGAGCUAUCACCUACAUCUGCUGUCACAGUUACUGUGACAGUAUCAACUUCUUCAACUGCAGCUUCAGCUGAAAUACUAUCAACUUCAACUGCAGUUUCAGCUGAGGCAGUAUCAGUUUUCAUUAAAGCUUCAUCUGAGACUGUAAGAACUUCCUCAAAUGCUGUUUCAUAUGAAACAGCAUGAACUUCAACUUCAGCUUCAACUGAGAUACUAUUAACAUCAACUGUAGCUUCUGCUGAGACAGUGUCUUUUUCCUGUAAUGCAGCUUUGGCUGAAACUGCAUCUUCCUUUACUGCAGCUUCAGCACUGAUAGUACAAAUUUCCUCAACAUCACCUUCAGUUGUAUAA